CCAAUACUACGAGAGGGGUAUCGAAACGAGCAGCUCCACUACAGUGUCAGUGAUAAAAAGUGUGGAAGAGUAGCAAGUACUCGAAUUUCGAGGUGCGGCUGCUCGAUAUUGUGUUGUUUUGUUUUGAUCGGAGGCACAGCUGUGUUGGUGCUUUGAUGUGGAAGAUCAAUCUCGGUAACAGUGCGACGACGUAAAUCGAGCAGUUGGGAUUGUGCAGUUUGAAGGGGUCAAUCAAAAGAAAAGUGUUGAUGAUGGUGAUGCAGAUUGGCUGCUAUCAAUAAAGAUGAUGAUGAUGGUGAUAAGUGAUGCAUUUUGAAAAUGGCAACAGUGAAUAACCGAAGGCGCGGGGGAGCCGGCGAAGGCGCCUUAUCGAAGUUGUCCUGCUCCCGGUCCUGCUGUGGCGAUUUAUUUGGAUACUUGUUGCGGCUACGGGUCAGUCCGGAGGAGCUGGAGCAGCGGUAUAAAUCCCGUGAAAUUGAUAAGUUUCUAGAAAAGGAUAAGCAUGCUUUCAGGAGACAGGUCAAACUGCUGCUGCUAGGUGCGGGAGAGUCCGGCAAGUCCACCUUCCUCAAGCAGAUGCGGAUAAUCCACGGGAUCAAAUUCGAACCCGAACUAGUUAAGGAGUAUCAACAUGUGAUCUACCAAAAUGUAGUCAAAGGCAUGCAAGUGCUGUGCGACGCUAGGGAUAAGCUAGAUAUACCAUGGGAGAAUCCAACCUCCCAGCUGGCCGCGAACCAGGCGGUCAUGUUCCACAGUGGCAUACUGCUGGACGCCGAGCAGUUCCGCCAAUACGUGCCACUCAUCGCCAUGCUCUGGCAGGACAGAGCGAUCCGGAGGGCCUACGACCGGCGGAGAGAGUUUCAAAUUAGUGAUUCUGUUAGUUAUUUCUUAGACGAUUUAGACCGGAUAUCAAGGUUAGACUACGUUCCCACACAUCGUGAUAUACUGCACUGUCGCAAGGCAACCAAGGGUGUAUUUGAAUUUACAAUUAGAAUACAGAACAUUCCUUUCGUGUUUGUCGACGUUGGCGGCCAGCGGACGCAACGGCAAAAGUGGACCAAAUGCUUCGACUGUUCGGUGACGUCGAUUCUCUUUCUAGUUUCCACAUCCGAGUUCGAUCAGGUCCUGGCCGAGGAUAGGAAAACCAACCGACUGGAGGAGUCCCGGAACAUCUUCGAUACGAUUGUAAAUAACACCACGUUCCAGGGCAUCUCGAUCAUCCUGUUUCUGAACAAAACGGACCUGCUGGCGCAGAAGGUUAAAAACCCGGACACCGACAUCCGCUGGUACUAUCCGCAGUUCACCGGCAACCCGCACUCGAUCCUGGACGUGCAGAACUUCAUCCUGCAGAUGUUCAUGAACGUGCGCAAGAAUACCAAAACGCCCAUCUAUCAUCACUUCACCAACGCGGUCGACACCCAAAACAUCCAGGUGGUGUUCAGCUCGGUCAAGGACACGAUCCUGCAGCGGAACCUGUCGGCGCUGAUGCUGCAGUAGGGGGGAAGGGAUGUGUGCUUUCUCUGUUGAUUAUUAUUACUACAUACAAUUAUAUAGCGAGUUUUAGGUUUCGUCCGUAGAGAACUCUCCAAAGCAUUCGCCACAAGUUUUUUUUGUUGAUUAUUGGUAAACUGCGGAAAGGUGUUUCCUAGGCGCGGAAUGGCGUUGUAAGUGCGAUUACAGUCGCAAACAAAUGGUGUAAUUUAUUUCCCUUUCGUUUAUCAUUGUUUUUACGUUUUGUUUCCUCAUCCGGGAGAGAUUUCUUGCAUUGUUUUCUUCCGCAAUUGAGAAACGCAUAUGUAGGUACACAGAAGUAAAUGGAAGUUCAGAAUUUCCAUCGAGGUAUUCAGUAGGCUAAAUAGGAUAGCAAAAAAAAACGAAGCAGUUUAACAACUAGCAGCAGCAGUAUUGUUCAGCUCUAAAGUAAUGAAGUAAUCAUUCGAUCGAAGAAACGAGUAAUCACUGGAAGAACCUAGUAUGUAAAACGCAUUUGAAUAGUAGAACAAUACAGUUUAGAAUGUAUGAACAAUGUAAAGCAAAUAACAA